CAAGAAGAAUACACACACUCGGAUACCUCAGAGGCUCAAACCUAGCUAGUAGAUCUAGCAAUGGCGGCUCAGGCUCCCACCCUCCAGGUUCCCAAGGACGCUGACCUGCUGCAGGCGCAGUCCGACCUGUGGCGCCACAGCCUCUGCUACAUGACGUCCACGGGCCUCCGGUGCGCCAUCAAGCUCGGCAUCCCGACCGCCAUCCACCACCUCGGCGGGGUCACGUCGCUGCCGGACCUGAUUACCGCGCUCUCCAUCCCGCCGGCGAAGCUGCCGUUCCUCCGCCGCCUCAUGCGGAUGCUGGUCACCACGGGCGUCUUCGCCAAGGCCGACUCCGGCUCCGAGGGGACGGAGCUCUUCCGCCUCAACGCGCUGUCCAGCCUCCUCGUGGACGGCGUCGACGCCGACGAGCACCACUGCCAGACGUCCUUCGUCCUCGCCGCCACCUCGAGCCACUACCUGGAGGCGUCGCUAGGGCUCGCGGACUGGUUCAAGAAGGACUUCGGGGAGGGGCCGCCGCCGUCCCCGUUCGAGGAGGUGCAUGGAGCGCCACUCCUGGACGAGAAGACGGCCAGCAUCUGCCCGGAGCUCGACAAGCUCGUCAUCGAGGGCGUGGAGGCCCAUGACAACUUGGGCAUCGGCACCAUCAUGAGGGAGUGCCACGACCUGUUCAAGGGGCUUGAGUCUCUCACCGACUGCUGCGGCGGCGACGGCACGACGGCGAGGGCCAUCAUCAAGGCCCACCCUCACCUCAAGUGCAACGUUCUGGACCUCCCCAAGGUGAUCGAGAAAGCCCCGGCUCACGACGUCAUUAACUUUGUCGCCGGCGACAUGUUUCACACCAUCCCACCUGCUCAAGCUGUGAUGCUCAAGCUUGUGCUGCUCCACUGGGAUGACGAGGAUUGCGUGAAGAUCCUGGCUCAGUGCAAGAAAGCCAUUCCUUCUCGAGAGGAAGGAGGAAAGAUUAUCAUAAUAGAAGUACUGGUCAAUCCUUCUUUGGGGCCAAUAAUAUACGAAUCUCAAGUGCUAUUCGAUGUGGUCAUGAUGACUGUUACGAAAGGUGGUCAACGGGAUGAAAAUAGCUGGGCUGAGAUCUUCAAGAAAGCUGGGUUUAGUGACUAUAAGAUUGUCAAGAAACUUGGAGCUCGAGCUGUGUUUGAGGUCUAUCCAUGAGAGAUGUUGUGCUUGAAGAAAAUAAAUAAAAGGGUUCGCCUCCUACCAGAAGGAAAGUCCUAUGGAUCAUGCAGUAGCUAAACUGCUAAGCUUGGUUACUCUAAGAUCCAUGUAUCUUUAAUUUCAAGGAGUAUUAAAAGUUUUUUUGUGUGUGUUUUUUAUGUAUGUGCCAUGCAUGUUGGUAUGCUCCACCAGAACCUGGCUCAAUACUUGUAUUUCUCAUGUAUAUUAUUUCAAUAAUAUGCUUGUGAGUCA